UUGAGUCUUGACACCGAGCGCGAGCAAUGUGCGAUGGAAGUCACCGACCUCUCAAAUCCAUCACCGCAAACUGAAACUGCUACUCGAAAAUGCAAACACUCGGUGGGCCGACGUUACACUCAAGAAGCAACAACUCGGCAUGUUGACUCAGAGGACAUCAUCGAACUGUCGGAUUCGGAGCUAUUAAUGGACGACGAGGAUGCCGUCCAAGUUGUCAGGGCCAGUUUGAAAACCACUGUACGAAGGAGUACUAAGACACAAAAGGAAGAUGCUGCCUCGAGACAUUCUACUCCAGACCCAUCCUCUUCAACCAACACAUUGCCAUCUGACGCACAGACGCCACGAGUGGCGGAUGCCGUACAGGCGGAAAGAUCGUCGCAACCGAGGCAAGACAAAGGUCAAAGGCUUGUAGGUAACGGUCCAUUACUCUACCCUGGCUCCGACGACGACAGGACAGAGCAAACACGCUCGCCUGGCCCCCCAUCUCCACCUGCAGCAUCUCAAAGACCAGGCACAGUCCCACCUGCUCUCCCUCACCCACCCAAACCACCUCCGCCCAUAGAUCCCAUGGACGAUUAUGUCGCGCGCGUUACUGAAAUUGUUCCAGACGUGCAACCCGCACACGUCCUUAAUCUAGUCGAACGAACCAUGCAAACGAACCCGGACGCAGUCGUCGAACUCGUUUUACACGCCCUUUUCGAAGAACCCUUCUACCCCAAAAUAGACAGAAAAGGAAAGCGAAAGCGGGAUGAAGUGGAGGAAGAGGAGGGUCAGGAAGGCCGACGUUACUAUCGCGGCACUCCUAAACCACGGGUCGACUACCUGAGUGAAGAUAGAGAAUACGACGGUGGUCCAUUUUACUUCGAGCUCUCCCUGGAACAGCUCAUGGUCGACUAUCCCAGGAUCCCGAAACCACACAUCCGGAAACAGUUGCUAGAAUAUCGAUUCUACGCACGCGCCUUCUUCAAGCUAUCGCGAGACCUUGAACAGAAGCCUCCGCCUUUCAGACUUAAAUUGAUCAAUUCUGUCGUGUCGAGGAAAGGCAAAUUGAAAGAGGACCCUGUGUUCGAAAAUGAACGUGAAUGGGUAAGGAAGAAAGUUGCACAAGUAGCUGUUUCGCGGGACGAAGCCCUGGCAGAAGAGAUCAAUGAACAGGAAUACCAGGAAACUGAGGAUGGCAUUGAAUGCGGUUGCUGUUUCUCGUUGUACCCUUUCGACAACAUGAUCCAAUGCCCGGACGCUCAUCUAUUCUGCAAAUCUUGCAUGACGUCUUAUUCAUCCACCCUUCUGGGUGAACACAAUCCUAACAUCGUUUGUAUGGACCAAUCUGGAUGCAAACUCCCCAUCCCUGAAUCCGAACUCAAACGUUUCUUAUCCUCGAAGAUGCUUGAGCUAUUUGAACGCGUCAAACAACGCAAGGAAAUCGAGGCGGCGGGACUGGAGAAUUUAGAAGAAUGUCCGUUUUGCGAGUACAAAUGCGUGAUCGACAAUGAGAUGGAAAAGUUGUUUAGAUGUGAGAACGCGGAGUGUGGUGCUGUGACGUGUAGAGCGUGUAAGAAGCCGGUAUGUUCAGUUUUGCGUUUAUUGUCCUUACUUCUCUUCCUUUCGUGCGUGACUUAUCGAGCAUCUGCGUAUACACAGGACCAUCUACCGAAGAGCUGCAAAGAGGUAGAAGAAGACAACCACCUAGAUGUACAGCAUCUCGUCGAGGAAGCCAUGACCCGUGCUCUCAUGCGUAACUGUCCAAAAUGUCAAAAAGCAUUUAUCAAGGAACUAGGUUGCAAUAAAAUGACCUGUCCGAAUUGCCACACCCAAUCCUGUUAUAUUUGCCGUCAAAUCGUCAAUGGGUAUGAGCACUUCAAUCGGCCAGGCCAAGGGGGGAAUAAAUCAAAGUGUAUACUUUGGGAUCCGUCGGUUGAGCAGCGUCAUGCUGAGGAGGUCAACGCAGCUGCCAAACAAGCCAUGGAAGAGCUCAAGAAGAACAACCCAGACGUGGACGCCAGUGCUAUUAAAGUGGAUUUGGCAACCGCCGGUCCGGGUCCAUCUUCGCGUCUUCCGAACCAGCCAGUUCACCCAAACCCAUACAUACACAUACACAACCAUAACCAUAACCAUAACCACGUUCACGUUCAUGGUCAGAACCGCCAUGUCCAUCACUUUGGUGGACCAGUUCCUGCACCACAGGCACCCCAUCCGAUGCCGUAUAGACUCCUACCGCACUUUGCCCCCCCUAUCCCGCUGGCAGCCCCAAUCCCACCGAUAGGAGUGGGACAGGCAGCCGGCUAUGGUCAGCCGGCAGCUCUGGCACCAGCUUUAGGACCGCUCCCAGUCCUGCAGAUGGAACCGAAUCAGAUAGCACCAAACCAAGGGUACUAUGUGCCACCUGACCCGCCAUAUCCAGGUGUGCCACAGCAACUAUUCCAGAUGGGAAAUGUGCAAGGUCAGGUAGGGAUGCCCGCGUUAGCACAGCCUGUGCGCGGAAUUGCACAUGUAGGUGGACGUGGACAGAGACGUAGGAAGGGGAAUAGGCGAGCCAGAGCCAGAGCCAGAGGAGCGGCAGGGGGUGUGCAAGUUGCUGUGAGACAUCAACAGUAAAUUUCGGUGGUUUGGAACGUACGUCUUGGUGAUGUGUGUAGCUUACAACUUUGCCUAAGUUAUAACCUGACGGGGACGACGAGUUAGAA